AUGCCAGUUGCUAAGGGUGUCAAUGUGGGAGAGUCCUCAAGGGAAGAUAAGGUCCUAGCUGCCUGCCGCACGGCCCAGGUUGUGACCCAGUACUGUGUAGGCGCCAACUACACCUGGCUGCUCGUGGAGGGUCUGUACCUGCACCGUCUGCUGGUGAUCGUGGGAGGCUCGGAAAAGGGCCACUUCAGGUGCUAUCUGCUUCUUGGCUGGGGGGGCCCCGCGCUUUUCGUCAUCCCCUGGGUGAUCGUCAGGCACCUGUACGAGGACACGCAGUGCUGGGAGCGCAACGGAGUCAAAGCCAUUUGGUGGAUCAUUCGCACCCCCAUCCUAAUAACCAUCUUGAUCAAUUUCCUGAUCUUCAUCCGCAUCCUCGGCAUCCUCGUAUCAAAGCUGAGGACAAGGCAGAUGCGCUGCCCGGACUACCGACUAAGGCUGGCCCGCUCCACGCUGACGCUGGUGCCCCUGCUGGGUGUUCACGAGGUGGUGUUUGCUCCCGUGACGGAGGAACAGGCUGAAGGCGCCCUUCGCUUGGCCAAACUGGCCUUUGAAAUCUUCCUAAGUUCCUUCCAGGGGUUCCUGGUGAGCGUGCUCUACUGCUUCAUCAACAAAGAGGUGCAGUCGGAGAUCCGCCGGGGUUGGCGCCACCGCCGCCUGCGUCUCGGCCUCGGUGACCAGCGCCCCGGUUUGCACUUGGAGCUCGGACCCCCGGCCCCGCCCCCGCGCUCUGCACCCCGGGAGGCCCCCAUUGGCAACGCCUUGCCCUCCGGGAUGUUGCAUGUACCUGGAGAUGAGGUCUCGGAAAGUUACUGCUAGGUAAUGGGACCUCUGUGUCUGUACAGUUAGCAUGUACUGAGUGCCUACUGUGUACCUGCCCCAGUGUGGGGAAUGCUGGGGAAACGGGGAGAAGGAACUGGAAGACAAGGUCCCUACGUGUAUAUAAUUCUUGUGGAAUGGCCUACGAAAAGAGCUGAGGUGUCUAGGACAGCCGGCUGCGAGGCCACUUGUGAAGAUGUGGUGCUUAAGCCAUGUUUGAAAGAAGCGGAGACAACUUGAAGAGUUUGAGGACAAGAUUCCAGGGAGAUGGAAUAGCAUGUGAAAAGGCUGAGGGAGAGGAAGGAGGAAUGGAGAAGGACUUCAGUGGCUCGGCUGGGAAAAGCCAGGGUCUGCAGAUGGGGGAGGAGCGAUGAGGAAGCUGGGGUUUCACUCCAGGCGCACCGAAGCUGUUGUUUUUAACGCGAGGUACAGCACUUGCAUACGCCUGAAGGGCGGAAGAUCCCUGGGACCGGAGGCUUCCCAACCUCCAUGUAGGUAGGGUGGACUCCGUCUCUCCAGCCCCACACAGAUUUUAGCAGGAGUGUCUCCACAGCACUCUGCCCCCAUAAGGGACAGGUUAUCAGGGGCAGUGUGAGUUGGGAGCCCAGCGAGAGGAGUACAGGUGGCCCAAACAGGGAGGGGCUUGACCAGGGUGGAGACCACAGAAGGGGGAGAAGGAUUUGCUGAUGGAUCCCAAGAGAAGAGUCAAAGGAGACUGCAGUGACAAGAGAGAGCUCAAAGGGCUCUUCCGGGUGGGAGCGCGCUGAAGUGUUCCGCCCUGGGAAAUCCUGAACAGCGGGAACGAGCUGUGGGUGAGAGCUGGCCAAGACAAGAGGAGCCUGGGGUCAGUGGAGGUAGCCAGACCCGCAGUGGGCAGUUAGGACACACUUCUAGAGGGCUGGGAAAGUUGUGGGGGUGCAGCCUCAUUGUGGCUGCACACAAGCCUCCUUUAUCAGUGCGGGAUGCUGUGUUCCCCACAGGUUCCCAGAAAGAUGUGCCCCAUAACUUGACACUGCAUUCGACACCUCAGGCUUGGCUUCUGGUGGAAUGGAGGCCCUAGUAAACCAAGCUUGAGCGGCAGUUGCUUCUUUACGGGGUGGAAAGGGACAUGAUGAGGGUGUUUGUGUGUGUGUGUGAGGUAGUCUGCCACAGAUGAAUAAGCCGCACGUGGCCACAAGAAAACAUGGACCCUGCAAUGCCGCUGUGUCCUUCCCUAAGAGAACCUUGAUUGGAAACUAUUGAAUACAUAUGUUAUAUUAAAGUUGUGUGUGUGUGCAUGCCGCUUCUCCAGAAGGCAGCACAAAAAUAGCAGAGCUGGGCAAGGGGUGGCACUCAUGUACUCCCAGCAUUUGGGAGGUGGAGGAGUUGAAGGUCAUUUAUCCUGAUGGAAAGCAAGUUGGAUAUUUGAACUAUGUGCCAAAUAUUUGAACCUGUCUCAAAUAAACAGCAAAAGCAGCAAGAA